GACCCUUUUACCCAUGCCUGCUGCUUCUCUGAACAAACCCGAGAGUGACUAUCAACAGCUAACUGCCAUGUCUGACUCCCAGGAACCAACCAUGUUGUCCAUCGACGCGAUCGAGGCCAUGGCUCCCAGCUUCGACGUCACCGUGGCCAUCAACGACGACCUGCUCGACGACGACGGCGUCGAGAUUGGCUCCAAUGCCACCACAACCGGGCUUCGCGAGCUCUUCCGGAAGAGCCUGCGCCUCAGCGAGCCCCUCGACCUCAACGCGACCUUCUUCGAGCUGGGCGGAGAUUCCCUCGCUGCCAUGCGCCUGGCCGCCAGCGCGCAGACGCUAGGGUUCGCGCUGCGAGUGGAGGAUAUAUUCAAGGUGGAGAAGAUUGGAAGCCUGCUGGCUCACGCCGACCACACAACCGCACCAGUGGCAGCGACAGUAGCUCCCUUUCAGCUCCUGGGCGACGCGGCAGACGAAGUCCUUGCUGAGGUCGCCGCGCGCUGCCAGAUCAAACAAGGCGAGAUCCAAGACGCUUACCCGGCCACCGCACUGCAGGAGGGCCAGAUAGCCAUCUCAAGCCGGCAGCAAGGUGCCUACACGGCGCAUCAUGUCUAUCGGUUGCCAGAAACGGUCACCCUGGGCCGGCUGCAGGCCGCGUGGCAGACCGUGGUCGACACCCUGCCCAUUCUGCGCACCCGAAUCGUGCAUUCCAAUGUAUACGGAGGAUGUCUCCAAGUCGCGGUCUCGCACGCGAUCCAAUGGCAGACUGGCUCGAGCGUAGACCAGUAUGUAGAACACGACCGGGACGCACCCUUCCUCUACGGCGUUCCUCUCGCUCGCUAUGCCGUGAUCGAGGAGCCCGCGGGCGACCGGUACUUUGUCUGGACGGUGCACCAUGCCAUGUACGACGGAUGGAGCAUGCCUCAGAUGAUCCAGAUGGUCGAACAGGCCUACCGGGGCCAGUCUGUAGUCGGUAGUCCCCCUUUCCAAGCCCUCAUCCACCAUAUCGAAGAGCAUCUGCCAUCGUCGGAACAGUAUUGGCGAGAGCAGCUCCGCGAUGCGCCGGCGGCCUCUUUCCCUGCCUCAUCUCCCUCACCACUAUCACGCCAAAAACACAUCCACCAGUUUGGCUUUGCUCGUCGCGCUGGGGAUUCGGUCACCCUCUCCACCAUGGUCCGAGCUGCCUGGGCGCUGCUAGUGGCGCGGUACUCGGACGGCGAUGUAGUGGAUGAUGUCGUGUUUGGAGCGACUUUGACCGGCCGGAACGUGUCUCUUCCUGGUGUGGACGUCAACACGGUGAUCGGGCCGACCAUCACCACAGUGCCCAUCCGCGUCCGCAUCGACCCGGGCCAAAGGGUGGUUGACUUCCUACAUGGAAUCCAGCAGCAGGCUGCCUCAAUGAUCCCGUUCGAGCACACUGGCCUGCAGAGCAUCCGCCGUCUGGGCCCGGCUGCGCAGGCGGCCUGUGAUUUCCGCACCCUGCUCAUCGUGCAGCCGAAGCAAGAGAGGGAGAGGUCGUCCAUUCUGCCUGCAGAGAGGAUCGAGUCGCGCAAUUUCUUCAACUACCCGCUCGUCCUGGAGUGCAAGCUGGACGGGCGGAGCAUCGAGUUCGUGGCCAGCUUCGACGACCGCGUACUUCCGCCAGUGCAGAUGCAACGCCUCUUGUAUCAGCUUGAGCAAGUGCUGCGGCAGCUCAAUGACCACGAGAAUAAUGAUCGACUCUCUGAAAUAGACAUGCUGACGGCGAGAGACCUGACGGAGAUUCGCGACUGGAACAAAGAGCACCACGAGCCGGUCCCUUUGUGCACCCACGACGAGCUCGCCAACCAGGUCCAGCUUCGACCUGAUGCCCCAGCGGUGCAUGCCCACGACGGACAGCUCACCUACCGAGAAUUGGACCAACGAUCCACGGAUUUGGCGCUGCAGUUGGUAGCCCGCGGAGUCAGCGGCCCUGACGCCAUGAUCCCCAUGUGCUUGCGGAAAUCGGUGCUGGCGCCGAUUGUCAAAUUUGCCAUCUGGAAGGCUGGCGGCGCGGUUGUGCCCUUGGAUCCUGCCCAUCCUCGCGCGCGACUGCACCGCAUUGUUGACGCGGUAAAGGCGCCUCUUGUCGUGACCACCACCGACCUGGAGAGCCUGUUUGCAGACGGUCCGGCGCCGACAAUGGCAGUGGACGUACCGCUGCCCUCUACUCCAGAUGCAUCUCUGCCCCUGGUGCAGCCGCACAACAUCGCAACGGUCAUGUUCACCUCGGGCACGACUGGGACUCCCAAGGGCAUUCUCAUCUCACACUCCAGCCUGUCCACCAGCAUCGCCACCCACGGGCCCGUUGUGGGAGGCACUCCCGAGACUCGAGUCUUUCAAUUCGCCUCGUACACCUUUGACGUCAGCUUCAUGGACACUGGGCUGGCCCUGUUCCGCGGAGGCUGCCUCUGCAUUCCGGCGGAGCAGGACCGCAUCAAUCGCCUCGCGGCGUCUAUCACCGAGCUCAACGCCAAUUUUGCAGACCUGACCCCGACGGUUGCCGCACUGAUUCGCCCGCAGGAUGCGCCGACGUUGAAGACGCUGGUGCUCGCGGGAGAAGCUCCGACUCCUGCGGUGGUCGACGCGUGGAAGGAUGCAGUCAACCUGCAGAACCUCUACGGUCCGACGGAAACUUCGGCGGCCGCAGUCAACACCACCCUGGGCAUCAAUUCCCGGCCUAGCAACAUCGGACGUGGCGUUGGCGGUACACUGUGGGUAGUCGAGCCGUCGGACCACCGCCGGCUGGCGCCUGUGGGCUGCAUCGGGGAGCUCUUUGUCGAAUCGCCGUUCCUGGCGCGCGAGUACCUGAAUAACCCGGAUCUGACGGCCUCUUCCUUUGUCGACGGCGCCUCAUGGCAAGAGACGCCGCGCCGCAUGUACAAGACGGGCGAUCUUGUCCGCUACUGCCCUAAUGGAACUCUCGAGUACGUGGCUCGCAAGGACUCCCAGGUCAAAUUCCACGGCCAGCGAGUCGAGCUGGGCGAGAUCGAGCACCAAGCCAAGCGGGCAGAUACACGCAUCGUCGAUGUGGCUGCCCAUGUUAUCAAGCCGACUGCAGAGAUCACCAGCGAGACACUGGCUCUGUUCUUCGCCACGGAAUCGGCCGCUGACCAGCCCGUCCGGCCGCUGGAGCUGGACGGCAACUCCCUCGAUCUCCAGACAGUGAUUGCAAAGCUUGCUAAUAGUCUCCCAUCUUACAUGGUGCCCUCGAUAUUCAUCCGCCUCAACGCUCUCCCCAAGAGUGCAUCUGGCAAAAUGGACAGGCGAAGACUCCAAGAGAUUGCCGGCAGUCUGACCCGCGACCAAGUGUCUGUGUACUCGCUGGCAGACGCCCAGAAAAGACGACCAGUGACGGCCGCUCAAAGGCAACUGCACCAGCUCUGGGCACAGAUCCUCAACCUCCCAGACGAGGCUGUUGGAGUCGAUGACAGCUUCAUGAGACUGGGGGGAGACUCCAUCGCCGCCAUGCGUCUUGUGGCUGCUGCCCAGGACGUUGGCUUCCGGCUUCGGGUCGCCGAAAUAUUCGCUUCGCCUGUUCUGUCGGAGAUGGCGGAGCUGAUGAAGCCUCUCCAGGUAGCGAAUGAUAAGCGAAUGGACCACCAGAGCCCCUUUGCUCUCCUGCCGCCUGAUAUGACUCGUUCGCAGCUCCUGCAGCUGGCAUCAGCGCAUGGGCUGCCCGCCGACUCGAUCGAGGAUGUGUAUCCCUGUACACCCCUGCAAGAGGGCCUGAUGGCCCUCACCCGUCGCCAUCCCGGAGCCUAUAUAUUCCGCAACGUUUUCAAACUGCCUGUAGACUUGGACAUUGAUCGUUUCCGUGCUGCAUGGCAGACAGUAGUCGACCACACCCCAAUCCUGCGCUCGCGCAUCAUCGAAGGCGAUAGCGGGACCCUCCAAGUGGUGUUGAGCAGGGAGACCAUUGACUGGGACUCCUCGAACAGUCUGGAUCAGUCACUGAAAACCGCAGCAAUCCCCAUCGACUACGGAAGCCGGUUGGCCAGGUACAACAUCACCACGGAGGCGGCGCAGACCUGGUUCGUGUGGACUGCACACCACGCCCUCUACGACGGUUGGAGCAUUCCAAUCAUCCUCGACGCCGUGGGGGCUGCGUACAAGGGGACCAAUCUGCCCACGGUUGCCCCCUUCUCCGGCUUCUUAAGAUAUCUUGGGCAGAUUGACCAGGCUGCCUGCGAUGACUUCUGGCGCUCUGAACUGGCGGGAGCCCCCCAGUCCAACUUCCCUUCGCCAUCCAUGCAAAGCAAGGCCAACCCAGACUACCAUACUCUGAGCCAGACUCUCUCCCUCGAGCGCAGCCAGUCCGACGUGACCACUUCUACGCUCGUUCGGGCGGCGUGGGCCAUCGUUCACGCAAGAUAUUCCGAGUCGUCCGAGAGCGUCUUCGGGGCUACCUUGAUGGGCCGCAAUGCUGCCAUUCCGGGCGUCGAGAAGAUGGUCGGGCCAACCGUUACCACUGUCCCUCUGCGGAUCUCGGUGGAUGCAGACCUUACGGUGGCACAGCUACUCUCGCGAAUCCAGGAGCAGGCAGCCCGCAUGAUCGACUUUGAGCACGCGGGCCUACAGAACAUCCGCCGGCUCAGCGAAGACGCGCAGCGAGCGUGCGACUUCCAGAGUCUCCUGGUCGUGCAGCCCGCCGAGAACCAGCGUGCCAGCCCCAUCGGCCUGCAGCAGACCUCGCGAGGCGGGGCGGGAUUCCACUCGUAUCCGCUCGUGCUCGAAUGCUGCGUGGCGGAGAAUCAUAUCGAGGUGAAUGUCGAUUUCGACGCGAAUGUGGUUCCCCGGGUCCAGCUGCAGCGAAUACUGGGCCAGCUCCACCACGUCCUCCAGCAACUGAGCACUUCUGCGGUUGGGGUGCUCGUCGGGGAUAUCGACGUCUGCAGCCCGUCAGAUCAGAUGGAGGUGCUCCGCUGGAGUGCAGAUCGUCUGCCUUCUCCUGUCGCGAGCUGCGUCCACGAGCUCGUGGGCCGACAGGUUCUCCUCCGUCCAGAAGCAGAGGCGGUCUCCGGCUGGGAUACCAGCUUUACGUAUCACCAGCUGGACGAGCUGUCAGAUUCCCUGGCCAGCCAUCUGAUUUCUCUGGGAGUCGGCCUUGAGGAUCCGGUGGCGGUUUGCUUUGAAAAGUCCGCGUGGACUGUCGUCAGCAUGCUGGCCAUUCUGAAAGCAGGCGGAGUCUGUCUGGCCCUGGAUCCCUCCCACCCCCCUCGUCGCCUGCAAACAACCGUGCAGACUGCGCGUGCCACGCUCGUGCUGGCCAGCGAGGGUCGCGCGCUGCGUGUGGCUCAGGAAGCCAUUCACCACCUUCCCAUUCUGGCUGUCGGAGCAUCCUUCGUGAACCGGCUCUCCUCCAAGCAGCCCGAGACUGCGGCCCAUAUCCAGCCAUUCAAUGCUGCAUUCCUCAUCUACACCUCCGGCAGCACCGGGACGCCCAAAGGAGUUGUCCUCGAACAUUCCGCCGUCUGCACCAGCACCAUUGCGCAGGGCAAGGUCCUCCAGACGGGCCCGAAUUCGCGCGUCCGAGUCCUACAGUUUGCAUCGUACACGUUCGAUGCUUCCAUCCUGGAGAUUCUGACGACGCUGCUGGUCGGUGGGUGUGUCUGUGUCCCCAACGAGGAGACUCGACUUCACUCCAUCUCCCGCUUUAUCGAGGAGUACCAAGCAAACUGGGCUCUGCUGACCCCCUCUGUUGCUCGCACAAUUGACCCCGCGAGUGUUCCCAGCUUGAAGACCUUGGUGCUGGGAGGAGAGGCCAUGACCGAUGCUCAUAUCGCUACGUGGUCCAAGAGCGUCACCCUGAUCAACGCCUACGGUCCCAGCGAGACCGCCGUCAUUGCUGCAGUGAAUCAUACGGUCACCAGUGCUUCCAACAUUGGCAAGGCGUCUGGUGGUCUGGGCUGGAUCGUGCACCCCCAGAGUCACAGCCAGUUGGUUCCAAUUGGUGCCGUUGGCGAGCUCGUGAUUCAGGGUCCCUCUGUCGCCAGGGGAUACUUAAAAGAGCCCGAAAAGACCGCAGCCUCGUUCGUGCUGGCGCCUGAAUGGUCCUCGUCGAGCGGUAGUCGUGUCUAUAAGACCGGCGAUCUGGUCCGGUAUACGCCCGAUGGGUCCUUCGCCUUCAUCGGCCGCAAGGACACCCAGGUCAAGCUGCAAGGUCAACGCAUGGAACUCAGUGAGGUCGAGCAUCAUCUCUUGCAGGAUGACCGGGUUCUCCAUGCCGCUGUUCUUCUGCACAGCCCAGCAGAAGGUAAAGGGCGAUUGACGGCGAUCUUGACACUGCGAGGGCUCAGCAGCGGGAAGAGCGCCGCUCAUCAGCUCCAAGUUAUCCCCGAUGCCCACCGCAAGGAGGCGUCGACGGCAGUUGCUUCCAUAUCCCUCGCGGUCGCCGAGCGUGUCCCCCGGUACAUGGUGCCCAGCGACUGGAUGGUGAUCGAAGCAAUGCCAUUCAGCAAGUCCGGCAAGCUGGAUCGAAGCGCCCUCGCUCGCUGGCUCAAGUCCC